AUGAACUGGUCUGUGUCUGUGCUCAGCACUGCAACCUCCGAUACCGAGCCGACAAUAGUCGUUAAUUUCGAAAGUGGGAAGUAUGUUUUCAAUACCGGCGAGGGCACGGGCCGAUCAUGGCUGCAGAGCAGGCGGCACUGGAGGAAAGCGAGAGGCGUUUUCCUGACCUCUGUUGGGACGCAGAGAUGUAGUGGCCUUGCUGGCGUUCUUAUGUUUUGCGCGGAUGCAAGCAUUCAAGCUGUCAAAGUGAUGGGUCCUCCGGGCAUCACGCAUUACCUCGCUUCCAUGCGCAGCUAUUGCAAGCGUCUCACCAUGUCUGUGAAGGUCAUGGAGGUUCCUUCCGCACCGCCAGUGUAUGCGGCAGGAAACCUGGACGAGCCACAGCCUGCAUACACAGACGAGAAUAUCAGGCUGUACGCGAUCCCGCUUCACGCCGUGCCCGCAUCGCCCGCCGAGGGCGAGAACACCGCAGCUGUGCAUGGCAAGCGGAAGCGAUCCCCUUCGCCCGACUCGUCGUUCAAACGGCCCGCCCCGAGCGACCCAGCCGCGCCAACGACAAGCGAUGAGGACCUUGAGCAUGUACCGCGGCCGCUUCUGGAGCGCAUAGCCGAGUCUGGCUUCUCACCACUCGAACUCUCUGGUGAAGAUGCGGAGGAAUGGCGACGCAUGGUGGUCGCAAACAUGUUCCCGUGCAGCCCGCCCGCCGAGGAGCCCAUCAAGAAGCGGAAGCAAAAGCAGAAGGAUGUCACCCCGCCCGUUGUAGCCGAGGCCGAGCCCCAGCCUGUCCAGCCGCAGGUGGACCCGAUAAUGUACAACGCUGCGUAUGCGCACAGGAGCCGGCGGCUGCCGCCUUUCGCGCACCCAGACAGCGGUCCAGCGACACUGUGCUACAUCGUCGUGGGCCCACGCGUGCGGGGCAAGUUCGACGCGGCGAGGGCAAACGCGCUGGGCGUGCAGGGCAAAUUGCGCGCGUUGCUGACUCAGGGCCAGAGCGUCUCGUUCAUGGUGGACGAUGGCACGGGAAAUAUGGUCGAGAGGACCGUGAUGCCUGAGGAGGUCGUCGGACCCUCCGAGCAGCCGCAUGUCACCAUGAUCCUGGAUGUGCCCACGCCUGAGCACAUCCCUGAGCUCGUCGCGUCAUUCACCGAGAAUCCAUUCUAUGCUCGGUUCCGGUCGAAGGCGGAGGAAGACGCGAAAGAGUAUCAUGUUCACGCUGUCUUCCAUCUUUGCGGCCCCGGAGUGCUUGAGGAUGAACGCUAUAAAGCGUUCAUGCGGGGUUUUGCAGACGGGGUGCAUCACCUAAUAUCCUCACGAGAACAUGGCGCGGACAAUGCCACAUUCACUACCGCUGCCUAUUCGCAGCUGCGAUUGAACCAGCUUGAUCCCGAUAUGUUUCCGCCCCACCAUUAUAGCGUUUUGCCACGACGCGACCUCUCACUGGUACCUGGGCUCCCCCCGCUUGUCGAGCUGCUUCAGCACAAUCGCCUUGUAGAUGUCAGGCCUCCACGCAAGCCUUGCCUUGACGUGCUGGCCCAGCAAUACGAUCACUUUCAUCCCGCGAUUACAGGCUCCCAGGGUGUUUUACUGCCGCCGGCGGUUGCCGAUGUAUUCCGCAAAUCAAGGGCGAAAGUUAAGCAGCUAGCAGCAGCCAGAGACACGAGCAAGAAGCCUGGGGACGAUGUCGAGAUCAUUCCGCUUGGCACAAGUAGCACGGUGCCCAGCAAGUAUCGCAACGUGUCAAGCACCCUUGUCCGCAUCCCGGGAUGGGGGAGCCUGUUGCUUGACGUGGGCGAGGGAUCAUGGGGGCAGCUCGCGCGCAUGUACGGCGACGACAUCGACUCGUGGACAUCGGGUGUCUGGGAGCUCCUGCGAGACCUGAAGUGCAUUUUCAUCAGUCACAUGCACGCUGAUCACCACAUUGGUCUCGCGAAGAUCCUGGCGAUGCGUAAACUCAUGAACCCGCCACCGUCGCAGCCGCUGUAUGUGGUCGGGCCGCGCCACACACUCGUUUACCUGCGUGAGCAGUCUGAAGUGGAGGACUUAGGCGUUGAUCAGGCGGACGGAAACGGCAUUAUCACGAUUCUAUCUGAUAUGCUCAAUUGGAAGCCUGUGCGGCCGUUCUGGAAGAUGCACAAAAAUAGCGAGCCAUAUGUAGACGAGGAGAGGUCACAGCAAGCCGCCAAAAAUAUGUGUCGUGCACUCGGUCUAGAAAGCUUCACCACAGUGGAUGUCUCGCACGGGACACGGUGUUACGGCGUGGUGGUCAAACAUUCCGAUGGCUGGAGCAUCGUUUUCUCCGCCGAUACGAGUCCUUCGGACAAUCUCGUCAUAGCGGGAGAAGGAGCCACUCUCUUGAUACAUGAGGCCUCAUUCGCAGACGACCAAGAAGAGAUGGCUGAACAAAAGGCGCACAGUACGUGCGGUCAAGCCAUUGACAUCGGGCAGCGGAUGGACGCUCAGAACAUCCUUCUAACGCAUUUCUCCGCUCGAUUUCCCAAAAUGCUUCCUGUAAAGACAGGCCCACCUUCGGGUAGGGGGCGGACGCUAGCUUUGGCCCUCGACCACACCCGAGUCAAAAUUGGAGACUUGUGGAAGCUGGACGCUUAUCUUCCAGCUAUUGAAUGCAACUUCGCGGACACGGUGGCUGAGGAGGGCGACGGUGAGCAGGAAGCUGCUACUGUCUCGUGGUGA